UACCAGGCAGACAGCCUUUCCAACAUGGCAGCGUCAAGCAGCGCAGAGCAAACGCAGUUGCAAGACAUGGAGGAGGAAGAUGCAGGGAUGGAGGAGAGGGAGAUGGAAUCGGACAACGGGGAGGAGGAGGGAAUGGGAGUAGAAAAUUCAGACGACGAAGAGGACGAUUCGUCGGAGGACGAGAAAGAAAAUGAAGCGGAGAUUCAGCGGCUGGAGGAGCAGCUGUCAAUCAAUGCUUUCGACUACAACUGCCAUGUAGAUCUCAUCAAACUACUGAAGCAGGAGGGAGAACUUUUCCUUCUGCGAAAGGCAAGGCAGAAAAUGAGUGAGCUAUUCCCGCUCACUGAAGAGAUCUGGUUAGAUUGGCUCAAGGAUGAGAUCCGCCUGACUGAGGAGGAACCAAACCGGGAGAGAGUCUAUGAACUAUUCGAGAAAGCUGUAAAAGACUACAUCUGUCCAGAUAUCUGGCUUGAAUAUGCUCAGUAUUCAAUCGGUGGCAUGGGCUCACCAGGCGGGAUGGACAAGGUGAGAUCCAUCUUUGAGAGAGCUGUGACAGCUGUGGGGCUUCACAUGACCAAGGGACAGGCCGUGUGGGAGGCGUACAGAGAGUUCGAGAACGCCAUUUUAUCCACAGUACAGCCUCCCCCUGGCAGGAUUCCCAGCCGUGAGGAGCAGGAGCUGCUGAAAACUCAGCUUGAGCGUAUCCAUACACUGUUUCGCCGCCAGCUGGCCAUCCCCUUAAUGGACAUGGAGGCCACCUAUGCAGAGUAUGAGGAGUGGUCUGAGCAUGGCGUGGCUGACACAGUCAUACAUCAAUACAAAAAGGCUUUGCAGCAGAUGGAAAAGAGCAAACCUUAUGAAGAAUCGCUGAUAGUCGCAGAACCUCCUAAGCUGGCAGAGUAUCAGUCCUAUAUCGACUUCGAACUGAAGGAGGGCGACCCGGCGCGGAUCCAAAUAAUCUUUGAGAGGACCCUGGCAGAGAACUGCCUGGUACCAGACAUGUGGGCAAAAUACACCACCUAUCUUGACCGUCAGCUGAAGAUCAAAGACUUGGUUCUCUCCUCUCAUGAACGUGCCGUCAGGAACUGCCCCUGGACCAUGGGUCUGUGGAAGAGCUACCUGCUAGCUCUGGAAAGGCACGGAGCUGAGCAUCAGACUGUCUCUGAUGUUUUUGAAAAGGCGCUGAAUGCAGGUUUCAUUCAAGCAACAGAUUAUGUGGAAAUUUGGCAGGCGUACCUCGACUACCUGCGGAGACGUGUGGAUUUCAACAAAGAAUCGAGUAAAGAGUUGGAGGAGCUGCGAGCAGCUUUCUCUCGGUCUCUAGACUACAUGAAACAAGAUGUUGAAGAAAGAUUCGGUGAAAGUGGAGACCCCUCUUGUAUCAUAAUGCAGAUCUGGGCAAGGAUAGAAGCCCUCCACUGUAAGAACAUCCAAAAAGCCAGAGAGCUGUGGGACAGCAUCAUGACAAAAGGGAACGCUAAAUAUGCCAACAUGUGGCUGGAGUACUAUAACCUUGAAAGGUCUUAUGGAGACUCUGUUCACUGUCGGAAAGCUCUCCACAGAGCAGUUCAGUGCACCUCAGACUACCCUGAGCAUGUGAGCGAAGUCCUGCUCACAUUCGAGAGGGUGGAAGGUUCUCUGGAGGACUGGGAUGUGGCAGUGCAGAAGACAGAGACCCGGCUGAACAGGAUUAAUGAGCAACGAGCGAAGGCAGCUGAGAAAGAAGCCAACCUGGCUCGCCAGGAGGAGGAGAGAGCUGAUCAGCGGCGGAGGGCCAAGGCAGACAAGAAGGCUCAGAAGAAGGUCCAGAAGGGAACUCGAGCUGGUGAGAAAAGAAGAGCAGAGCAGGAUGAUUAUCACGAUGAGUGGAAUGAUGACUCAGAACAAGCUCCUAAAAGGUACAGAGGAAAUGGGGACCAAACCACAGAGUACAUGGAGACGGAGACUGGACUCUUUGGGAGGAACGCUCCCCCUGGCUUUAAGCCUACUCCGUCUGACAAUAAAAGAGCCCAGCAGGGAGUUGCGGCUGCUGCCCAGAGGCAGAACGAUGACAAGCCAGAGCUUCGCAACGAUGACAGCAGCGUAUUCAUCAGCAACCUGGCGUACACCCUGCAGGAGCCAGAGGCCAAGCUCAGGACGCUGUUUGAGACCUGUGGUCCCAUCAAACAGGUCCGCCCUGUCUUCAGCAACAAAGGGACCUUCAAAGGCUACUGCUAUGUACAGUUUGAAGCUUCAGUGUCUGUCCCCGAGGCCCUGAAGCUGGACAGACGAGAGGUGGAGGGCAGGCCCAUGUUUGUGUCACCUUGUGUAGACAAAAACAAAAAUCCUGACUUUAAGGUGUUUAAAUACAACACGGCCAUGGAGAAACAAAAAAUUUUCAUCUCUGGGCUGCCGUUUUCGUGCACUAAAGAGCAACUGGAGGAACUCUGCAAAAGUCACGGCACUAUCAAAGAUGUUCGUCUGGUCACGUAUCGCUCAGGAAAACCCAAGGGUCUGGCGUAUGUUGAGUUUGCAAAUGAAGCGCAGGCCUCACAGGCAGUUCUUAAGAUGGACGGCAUGGACGUUGAGGGCAACAAAAUCUCUGUUGCUAUUAGUAACCCUCCUCGCAGAAACAUGAGUGACAAACCGGGUUCAAACAGGACCACGUCAGACACAGUGCCUCGCCAGGUCUUUGGAUCGAGAGGAAGAGGACGCACGCAGCUCUCAUUACUCCCUCGCUCCCUGCACCGACAAAGCGUGCCCGUAAGCAAAGUCAGGAAUGGGACUGAGGCUGAGCAGGCGCCAGCAACAGCAGCCAGCGCAGCAGCCGGAGAGACGAAACCUUUGUCAAAUUCAGACUUUGCCAAGAUGCUCCUCAGCAAGUGAGAAGAUGAGCGAGAGAAAUACGACCGCCUUCACACUGAAAGCCAUCUUGUGUCCUUACAAAUUAGUGUUGGUGAUUUUUCUGUAAUUGGUUACCCGGCUUCCCUUUAAUCUCAGUCUUGUUCUCCUCAUCAUCCGUUCUGCGAGAUUUGCCUUAAUCGCUGAGCUCCUGCCCUCCAUCUGAAAUCCUUUUCAACCAAGACUUCUCACCAUGUGACAGAUCGUUUUCGUUUGGUUUGUUUGAAGGUUGCUGGCAGGCUAUUUUAUAUAAAAGAAAAAGUGUAUCAUAUUUGUGUGUAAAUAUACCGUAUCUAAAAUUGUACGCCUCAUGUUGCAAAGUGUCUCUUUUUUUUGGUUGUGUAAUGUGAAAGGGAUCUGAGAGAAGCAUAUGGAAGAGUAUUUUUUUUAAAUAUUCAAAACAGCCAAACUUGUGAAUGUUGUUUAAAAGGUUAUAUGCAAAAGUUCAGACGUGUUGUAAUAUAGAUGGUGUGUGUGUGUGCGUGUGUACAGAAGCUGGCUGUGCUACAGUGAAGAAAAGACUUUCUCCAGAUGUUUUUAGGAAAAAUAGGAUUUCUGUUGUGUAACUUAUUUUGACCUCUGAGGACAAAGUUAACAAGGCUAGCACGGACUUUUUUCUGACUGUAUAAUACAACUAAUUAUUUUUUACAUAGUUACAUCUGUGAGUUGCCAUCUGCUAUUCGUCAUAGGUAUUAUGAUGCUAUGGAGUCUAUAGAGGCUCCAUUAAAUUAGUAAUAGUAAACUGGCUUCAUCUCAGCCUGAGGGCGUGUUAUUACAGUAUAAAUACUGCCCUGUCAUGUCACACUGCUGCAGCUUAAUAUCAGUUAUAGUAUUUACAGAACUGCUCUAAGUAUUCUUUCUCAUGGUUUAUCUGUUUUUACAUAUCAUUGUUAAUGUGAGCUGUCUGUUCAGGGUGAAAACAUCCAUCAUCAAAACACAUUGUUUUAGUUGUUAGUCUAGUUUAUGUGCUGUGGACCUGAAAGAGAGAUUUGGAGGUAAAUGAAGCAUGAUCACUUCACCUUGGGAAGCUCAGGGUGCACGUGUAAGCAGGGUGUUAAUGAGGCUGAAGGAAUGUGCUGCUUUGGUGGCUGCUGGCAUUACAGCUGAAUGAUUAGUUGAUCGACAGAAAAUUAAUUGCCAGCUAAUUUGCAUAUUAAUUGUUUGUCAAAUUUCUGUCUCUGGUCUAUUUUCAGUGUCUGAGCUUUAAGGUUUUAGUUUGUCCUUUUCUUACAUUUUGUUAAAUAGAAUGUUUUUGGGUUAUUGACUGUUGUUAAGAUAAAACAUUUGAUGACAUCACCUUGGUUGUAGAAAAUUGUAAUGUGCAUUUUUCAGUUUUCUUUGGUUUGGUCGACCAAACAGUGGAGAAAAUAAUUAAAAGCAAUUGUUAAUUGCAGCCCUGCAAGAGUCCAGGGAUAUGAGAGAGGACAUUAAUUUGUUUAAGGUGUUAAAGAGUUCAGAUAUAUCCAUAAAUGCUAGAAAGUACAUGUGAACCCUUUUGUAUGUGUACUGUAAAAGUGAAUCCUUGGAGCAUCAUAAACUGAGACCUUAGUACAGUUUUAUAAAUGAGUUUCUUUGAGUAAGAGAGUUUAUUUCACCCUCUGAAUGAACCUGGCUGACAGCUCUUCAGUAUUCUGCGUAAGAAGCUGUUGCUGUCAGCUACACGUAUUAAGCUCUGCAGCUCCUCCAGCACAAUUAGAGAAUCUAUGCAGUUUUCCAUUUCUUUCACCCCAUGCUAGAAGUCAACCAUUUGUCUACUCGUCUUGUUGGGAUAUUAACACUUCUGUUUGUGUACAUAAUGUUCGAUAUGCUAAUUUCAAAAAGGUCACCAUAGUUUGUAAUAAAUAUAAAUCUAAGUUUUCAAAACAGAUGGAAUACAAGCUAUAUGUAUUGCUCUCACCACAGUGGCCUGAUCUGAAAAAAAAAAUAUCUAAAUGUGUUGGUCUCUAAAGUCACCUUCCGUUUUAUGUCUGAUACUAAAAAGGUGGUAUGUGUGCAUUGCUGUUGUUUUGUAUCAUUUCUAUAGUCAAUGUUUUGAAUUUGGUAUAGAGGUAAAUAAUAAAUGGCUUUUUGUUUGUUUGUUCAGUCACAGUAUUUAUUUACCUGCUUGUUUCGCCCUUUUCUACCCUUGUGUUUUUGGGUCCUGUAAAAACAAAGAAAAAAGUUAUGUCAUGUAUUUUUUUUUUUUUCUGGUCUAAAAUUUGUUUUAAUAAAGUCACGUAAAUCAUCUUUGAUCCCA